GGGUGUGUCAAGGCAGGGGUGCCCCAGUACUGAUUCCAAUGGAGGGCGCUCUUCCACGGCAGGGCUGAAGGCAGCAGCACAGUUCGAGGGGACACGAGAAGCCACGGGGCAUGUGGGUGAUCCUGGCUGGACUGGGGUGAGUGAGGAGCCAGGACAGCAAGUAGGGGUGGGGUGUGGGCUUGAUGCCAUGAAUCCCCCUCACCAUGAACCUGGAAGGCCUGGAGAUGAUCGCCGUGUUGGUGGUACUAGUCCUCUUCGUCAAGGUGCUGGAGCAGUUCGGGCUCUUUGAACCAGUCUCCUUGGAAGACAGUGUAGAGGAUGAGUUUGAGCUCUCUACUGUUUGUCACCGGCCCGAGGGCCUGGACCAGCUACAGGAGCAAUCCAAGUUCACCCGCAAGGAGCUGCAGGUCUUGUACCGGGGCUUCAAGAAUGAGUGCCCUAGUGGCAUUGUUAAUGAAGAGAGCUUCAAGCAGAUCUACUCACAGUUCUUCCCACAGGGAGAUUCCAGUACAUAUGCAACAUUCCUUUUCAACGCAUUUGACACCGACCAUGACGGCUCUGUCAGCUUUGAGGAUUUUGUGGCUGGCUUGUCCAUUAUUCUACGUGGCACUAUAGAUGAUCGGCUCAAUUGGGCCUUCAAUCUCUAUGACCUGAACAAAGAUGGCUGCAUCACCAAAGAGGAAAUGCUGGACAUAAUGAAAUCCAUUUAUGACAUGAUGGGCAAGUACACCUAUCCAGCCAUGCAUGAAGAAGCACCUCGGGAACAUGUGGAAAGCUUCUUUCAGAAAAUGGAUCGGAACAAGGAUGGUGUGGUGACUAUUGAAGAAUUCAUUGAGUCUUGCCAGAAGGAUGAAAACAUCAUGAAUUCCAUGAAGCUUUUUGACAAUGUGAUCUAGCUGGCCACUCCUGGAGCCCAGACCUUCACACACACCCCGGGACUUCUCUCCUUGGCGUAUUCCUCUGAGGCACUCUUCUCUUGGCUGCAUGGACAAAGCAGCCCCUUGUCCACACUGGACUAGGCAACUUUUGUGGAGACAAUCUUCAUGUAUUCAAGAUGCAACUGGGGGGAAGUCCCUGCAAUGGGAACCAAGUGGGAAGCUGUGAUUGGGUUGGGCCAAGGCCCACCAAGGGAUGUGGCCUGGCAUUUGCAAGCACUUUCUCUGGGCAUUGAAGACAAAAUGGAUCAAUUUGCUGCCUCCCCAGAAAGCUGCACUGUCUUGUCUUGUCACCAGUAGUGUGCCCACCCUUUAGGGCCUUCCAGAUCACAGCAACCCUUUGACCCCUCACUGGGGCUCCAAGCGGGUUCCCCACCACCAAACGGCAAUGCAAGCCCUGAUUGCCAAAGACUCACAAAGGAUUUGGUGUAUGUGCAAUCUUCCCCGUUCCCUUCAGGGAGGGGACUCCGUUUGAUCUGCACCAAGGCUCUCAUUGCACAUGUGCUAAUGCCUUGAUGUUUUCAGCAAGGGAGACAUUUCCCAGUGUCAAGGUAUCUUGCAGUCUUGGCACUAAAUACCACUUAAUUCUUUCUGGAGAAGAGCUGCAGCAAGGGAGAAGAGGGUGGGUGGGAUUUUGCUUUCUGGUUUCUUUCCUUUGCACCCACAACAGAAAGUGGAAAUGUUGUGCAAUUCAAGGGAGGCAGGGGCAACAGAAUCUUUGGCUUGCAUUUAGAAAUCAGGAGUGAAUCAUGUUGGGAUUUCUGUGGAGAGAAAGAGCACUUAGUCCAAUAACUGGGACAGAGAUUUUCCCUGCCCACCACCUGUAACUAUAGUGAAAACAAGGUAGAGGUGGAGAGGGUACCUCACUAGAAAUUUUUAGGUCAGAAUGGAAUAAGUCAGGGGCAGGUUUCCGCCAUGUGCCUUGUGCUAAGUGUAUUGACAGACAGAAAUUUGUGUUCCAUAAAGGGCCUUAACUUAUUGUAACCAUGUGCAUGGUAGGGGUGAAAGAGAGCAUGUAUGAGAGGAGUAGAUAAAGAAAUGCCCACGAGGAUCAUUGGUGGGUGGGAGACUUUGUUGCUCCUUCCUCUGUCCAGCAGCUUCAUGGCUUUCCCUUAGCAGAUGCCCACGUCUCUGUGAUGCUACGCCUUUUCUAUUACUAUCCUUGUGGCAAAAAGCCCGUGGGCCUUUCAGGAGCAUUGUGGGCAGCAAGCAAUUCAGAGCCUACUUAUGAAGCUCCAAGGGAGUGCCAGGCACUGUACCGGAAUGAGCCGCAAACCUGUCCCUGUACAGAGGGGUUUACAGUCCAUACUAACUGAGGAAGAUAAGGAUGUGGUAAGAGGGCAAUGGAGGUGGAUUAGGGGGAAGUCAGGUGGCAGUGGAAGAGUAAAUGGGUAAAAUGUGAAUUCAAGAAGUGCUUUGUUGGAAAAGUAGGUCUUGUGGAGGGGCUUAAAUGAAAAUAAGGAAGCUAUGUGAUGCCCAGAGACAGUAGUGACAUAGCAGAAGUGGAAAAGGAAACUGAUGGCUGAGGAACCUGGAGAGGCUAGCAUGGAAAGUAAGCAAAGGCAAAGUAAGAGAAGCAGCCUGGAGCGGAGAUAUAAAGAACUUGAACUUUAUUUUUGUGACAAGAGGGAAGGCCAGCAAUGAAGAGAUUACAAUAAGUCAAGAUAAGAGGUGACCAGAGCAUAGACAAGGGUUUUGUUAGGAAGUACAAGGAGAAAGGAAGAAGUAGCAAGAUGACAACUCUGAUAUAGACAAAGCAUAAGGAAGAGACAAAGAUAAUGCCAAAGGUUUUUGUGUGUG